GGCAUUGACCUUUAUCAUAUGACCAAUAAAGUGACGUCACCAGUUGUUGACAUUUUGCUCCGCCAUUUUUAUUUUGAUUACCGGGCAAAGAAUAAUGGAUUUGGAUGAUUUACUGAAAUAGAAUUUACACACAGAUUUUCCAGAGCAAGGAACAACUGGAAUUGCAUUUGUAUUACUGGAGAACUUGUGUGCUGAAUUUCUAAAAGAAGGGUGCCAUCAGCAAUAUAUAUGCCAAAUGCAUCUUAAAAUGGCAUAUGCUGAUGAGCCAAGUAGUCUAGAAUGCAUAAAGAAGUCGGACCUGUUCCCAAAGAAGAAGUUGGUUAGGGAAGACGAAUCUCUUCAGGUCCCAAUUCCCCUCCUCCCUGGGGAGGCCCCAGAGUUCCUGGGAAGGACCACUGAUGGGGUUAUUGCCCUUUCCAAUUACCGGCUUCUUAUCACAUUCAAAGCCUCAUUUGUCAAUGUUCCGAUUGGAAUGAUCGAUUCUGUGGAGCGGACAGAUAUCUUCUUCCUGAACAUCUUCUGCAAAGAUGCUACAGUGGCAAGAUGUGGCUUCAAUGACAAUGAUGCCUGCCAGGCGUGGUUUCUUCGAGUCAUGAACAAGCUGAGUGCACCCAAACAGCUCAAUGAAUUUUUUGCCUUUACAUUUCAUGCUUGGUGCCAAGAUCAUAACCCUGGUUCAACAGAGCCAGAAAACUGCUUACAGUUGUGCCAAAAGGAUGAUGCAUACACAUACAGCUUUGGGAAGGAGAUAGAGAGACAGAAGUUUGAUUUGAAGAGCGGGAAAGCCUGGAGAAUCACCUACGUCAAUGAAGACUUCAGUCUUUGUCCAACCUACCCUAGGAAUCACAUCGUACCUGCCAAUAUCACUGAUGAUGACAUCAAAAGCUCUGCAGGCUUCCGAGCUCUCAAAAGGUUCCCCUCUGUUGUGUGGAGAAAUCAAAGAAAUGGUGCAGUGCUUGUUAGGUGCAGCCAGCCAGAGAUUGGAUUCUUUAACUGGCGAAAUACACAGGAUGAAAAUCUGAUGAAGGCGUUUGCUGAGUCUUGUGAACAGAACCCUGGGAAGGGUCAGAAGAAGGGCCAAGGCAGUGAAGACUCUAGUGGUUCUGAAUCCGGGUCACAGAGCGAGGAUGACCUUGAUGAUGCUGAAAGGAAAAUUGUGAUAAUUGACUGCAGAUCUUACCGAGCAUCAAUGGCAAACAGACUGAAAGGAGGAGGGGUGGAGUGUGUAGAGUAUUAUUCGACAUGUGAAAUUCAGUUUAUGAACCUUGACAACAUCCAUGCAAUUAGGAAGGCAUUCAUACAGCUACGUCAACACUGUAGUACAGCCUCGGACCAGCUCAACUGGCUGUCUGGAUUAGAGGGCGCAAAAUGGAUGACAUACCUGGCCAACAUUUUGAGGACAGCUAGCCUUGUCGUGAAUGUGAUGAAUAAAGAGGGGCGGUCAGUCGUGGUCCAUUGCUCAGAUGGAUGGGAUAGGACCUCACAAAUUGUAUCUCUAGCAGAAUUGAUGAUGGAUCCAUAUUACAGAACUAUGGAGGGCUUUCAAGUGGCAGUAGAGAGGGAGUGGUUAGAAUUUGGACACAAGUUUGCAGACAGGUGUGGUAAUGGUGUGAACUGUGAGGACACCAAUGAACGGUCCCCAGUGUUCCUGCAGUGGUUAGACUGUGUGUACCAGCUUUAUAAACAGUUCCCUUGUGCAUUCCAGUUCAAUGAAGCAUAUCUGAUCAAAAUGGUACAACAUACCUAUUCCCAUUUGUUUGGAACAUUCUUGUGUAACACAGUCCAGGAGAGAUUGAAAGGGGAACUAUCAGUACAGACCUCUUCCUUAUGGAGUCUGCUUCACCCCAGCAAUGCUCAGUUCUAUAAUCAUCUGUAUUCACCUAGCUCAGAGCUACAGGUAUUGCGACCAAAAUUUGAUGUUAGAAAUUUGACCUUAUGGACAUCAGUGUACUUUUCCAAUUAUACUUGUUCCACUGAUCUUAAAGACUUGGGAUGUGAUCAAUCAGAGAUUCCGCAGGAAACUAAUUCAUGUAAUCUUCAGAAAACACGGUCAUGUGAAAACUUGGCUGGCCCUAGUCAGGAACCAGUCAGUAGUCCCAGCCGGCGAAAGAGUGACCCAAGCAUUACAUUAGAUAAUUUUGACCCAUCUCAUCUGACAAAAGACUGUGAUAAAACUUCAAGCAAUACUUGUGUUUACAAUGGAACUGUUCAAUCAGAGAAUAGCCAGUCGCAGGAUAACCAUACUGAAAAUGAAAAAAAGAAUGAAACAAGUGAAGAAGAUGAGCAGAAUAAAAAAGUUUCCACGAAUGGAGUUGUUUUCAAUGGAGUAAAUGGCCAUUGUAGAGAUCUAAAAGAGGAGUUAAUUGAAAUAAACGAAAAUGGAGGGGAGAAGGAGAGAUAUGAUGCGGAGAAUGCUGAAGUAAACAGCACUAUAAAUGGACAAUGUAAUGGAAAUUCUCACCAUCAGGAAGUGGAUAUUCCAUCAGCAAGUCAAAAUAUUGAAUGUUCAACAGAUACAAUUACAGAUAUCGAAGGUAAACCAGAAGAGAAAAAUGGACUGCAAAUAAAUGACGCUGGACCUGGAAAUGAAUUAAGUCUGGAAAAAAUUAAAACGCUAGAAAAUAGUGCGAGUAUUAGCACUAGCACUAGUGAUAUCUCCAAUUCUAACGUGGAUUUGAAACUCCCUGUUGACAAUAUGUACAGCAUUCAUCAGUAUCUAUGUCAGCCACGGCCAACACCUUUGCGAUUGAGUUGCAAUUCCAAUGGAUUUAGUCAGUCCAAAAGUACAUCCAAAACUUCACCUACCACUCCAGCUAAUUCACAGAAUUCUACCUGCCCGCCAACACCAGCAACAGACAAGUCAUUGGAAUCCCAAUUUGGUCUGAAGUUGGGACGCCUCAGUCGACACCUUGAUGCGGACGGCCUUACUACUUUUAGUGACCCAGUUCAACAGGGCAUCCAGAAGAUUAGGGAAGAUUAUGAACGAGAAAUCAAGAUGAUCCGGUCUCACCUGGCUUCAGCAAAUGCAGCUCUUCUCCAACAUGCUUCUGCAUGCAGUGGUGGAUCUCGAUGUAUUUUGGAUAAAGAAGAAAUGCUUCUGUCACCAGAUGUGAAUGGGGAGUUCAACUCUUUAGGAAGUAAUGCAGCAUCAGAUGUCAGCUGGGAAAACAUUGAUGAGAAUGAUUCCAAGAUGAUCCGCUGGGUACCAGACCAUGCUGUCACUCACUGCGCUGAAUGUGAGUCCGGCUUUGGCUUGAUAAUCAGAAAGCAUCACUGCAGAAACUGUGGAAAUGUGUUUUGUGGGAAUUGCUCAGAGAAUUUCAUCAAAAUCCCUCAUCAGAAUUUGAUGACACCAGAAAGGGUGUGUAAUCGUUGCUUCGGUCACCUGCAGAUUUCAAGGCAUGCACGGAUAUCCAAUGGAGUUGUCGACGAACGACCUCUUGCCUAUGCGGCUUCAAAUUAGGGCUUCAAAGUUUUUUGAUUAAUUGUUAAAUGUGUGUAUAAAUGAUGUGAUGAAAAUCAAUAUGUCAAACAUAUGUUUUCUCAUGCUGUAUGAUUCCGUGUUAUUUAAUGCCAAUUAUGCGAGUCUGAUUUUCUGUACAUUCGUUUUUGUUCAUUGUUGUCAUUCGGUUUGCUUGUUAAUUUGUUUAUUUUCAUUUCUUAUUUUAAUCUGAAUUUUUCCAUAUGAUUAUGAAUAAAUAUUCUUUUUACAAUCCUAUAAACUUCACGAGAAAAAUUUAAAAUGCCUUUGGAGAUGUUAGGAUUCAAUAUUGAACGAUUUAAGAAUGAUUUCUUUAAAUUAAUUGUGGGGAAUAUUUCUAAUUUAGUUUCAGUAUUGUUUUAAUCGAUGUUCAGAAUGAUCUCAGAUAUUGUUGAUUUCUGUUGAUUGAACAAUACUCAUAGAGAAAAGCAGUCUUGUUGAUUUUUGUCUUGUGGAUCUUUUGUUUCAAAUUUAUGUUUUCAAAGAAAUAUGCAGUGUAUAACGGAUUUUUUCCCUUUUUAUUGUAAUAUAUUAAAUUAUUUUUGCAUGCUUCUUUUGGAGUUUUGUAUAGGGUUGAAGGAAUUUCAUACCGUGGAAUUUAUGGGAUUUUGUUUAAAUCAGCGAACAAAAACUACCCAAAGUUUAUAACAUCUCUUUAUGCAUUUUGUACGUGUGUGGGCUUUAUAAAGGAGAUCACUUUAUGUAGGGGGAAGAAUGGUGAAGUGACAACAAUAGUGGAUGGAAUAGUACAGUAGUUGUUGGCAUUUUUCAGUUAGAUUGAUUUGAACCAAAACAUCUGUGAAUGCACUUAAAAAUUAUUAAAUUUCCAGUAGCAGCAAAGAGCAUACACGUGGUGCACUAUUAGAUUUGACAUUAAGCGAGUGUGAUCGGUGUUUGGAUAUAAGGUGCAGUUGUCUUUAUAAACUGUUUUCUACUUGGUUGAUUAAUAGUGCUAUGUUUCAUUUUCAUGAUAUCAUUGGAAUUUGGCUUUAGGUCAUGUUGCAUAUAUAAAUAUAUAUAUUUUUCCACAAUUUAUUUCAGUUUGAUGAGAAAAGUCAAAUUGUAAAUAUUUAAUUCUAACCAUGAAAAUCCCAAUAAUCUACAAACUCUCAUUAUUCACUCUGGGAAAUACUAAGGACACAUUUCCAGUUGUAGUACAUGUAUUAUGGAACUACUUUAUUUCGUGGGAACACAUUAUUUUUUAAAAUCUGAACAAAGUAUACAAUUUACAUGUACAUAUGUUUCCAUGAACUGAUAAUAACUCCAUAAAACAAUAUCCCAAUAAUAUUGCUAGAUCUUUUGUAAUCCACAAAUUUGAAACCCUAAAUUUAAAUGAUUUCACAGUAUUUUGGUAGGAAAUUCAGUGAAGUGUUAUUAUGAGAUCAUUUUAAUAUCUGCCAGAGAUUUUUGUUCUUUUUUUUUAUUAUUUCUUUGAUACAUUUGCACACUGGAUAAUGUGUAAAAUGAAUUCCCAGAGUAUUGGAAUUAUGUAUUAUAUCUCCAUGCAAAUACAAAAUUAGAUUUUUUUUAAUUUGCCUUUAUGUAAGGGGGAGGUUGAAUAGUUUAUAUUUAUAUAAAAAAGGAAGACAUUUUCUAACAUUUUUAUAUCGUCUUGUGGAACACAAGCUGUAAUAUGCGUCAUUUUCCUGGUGACAUGAGAGAGGUCAUUUCAGCAAGUAUUAUGUAUAAAUGAUAAAUGUGCUGUUAAUUUAAAUAUUAGAUAAUUAUUUUUUCUACAUUUAAUUGUUAUUAUGAAUAUACAGUUAUAUUGUUAAAGUCAUUUUUCAUGUGUUUUUUUCUUCUUUUUUGUUCAUUUGUUUUUCAGUGAGAUAACAAAAUACUUGGAUAUAAAAUCCCUUUAAAUUGAAUUAAGAAGUUUUUGAAGUAACUGACAUUUCAUCUUUUGGACAUUCAAUAUGCUAUAUAUACAUUUCCAAUGUAAUAUAUUAAUAUUUCUACAAAGUGUAAUAAUAGCCAUUUGCUCGUUAUAAUUCUCUACAGUUGUUAACAAUGCAUGUAUGAAUAAAGAUAAAUAUUGUAUGUCAAUUUUAUCCACAAUGAAUUUUGACAGUAAUAAAAGUAGAAUAUAAAUUUAUAUAAGAAAUAUUAAAACAUUUUUAAAACUACAUGAGGGUAUGAACUGCAACCCUUCACAUCUGCAUACUUUUCAUAAACAAGUAACAGUAUGGUCUAAUUUAUGAUAGUCAACAAAAUUGUUUCACCUUUAGUAUAUGUAUUGUACUUUGAGAGUACAGGUACUUUUUUAUUGCAGUUUUACUUGUAGUGCAAAAUGAGGUUAAUUGUGAUAAAAUUGUAAGACUUUUUCAUCUUUUUAACAGAACCUUGUAUUUAACAAUUAGAGUUGUAUUAAAGUAUACAUGUAUUUUGGUAUAGGUAACUAAAGUAUUCUGUAAAUUGUAUUGGAAAACGCAAUCUAUGAUCUGCUAUUCUAUUUUGAACACACUUUGCGGUGCUUACUUUGCUAAAGCUCUUUUGGAAGCUAGGUAUCAACCUUGUUUGUACAGUAUGUUCUGCAUGAAGUCAACAUAAAUCAUUUAAAGGGGA